AUGGUUAUUCGCAUUGAGAACUUUAAAUAUCUUAAUUGCAUCUAUUUAGUUAUGAAUUCUUAUUGUUAGCUUUUGAUUUUUGGGUUACUUUUUUUUAAGGAGAUGAGAUAUGAUAAUCCUCUAAAAUAUUCUAUACUUAAGCAGAAGGGGUUUUUAUAGGUUUUGAAGAUUUUCUUCUUGUUUUUUAAUUAAAAUGGUCAUUAUUUUACUCCUUAUUACUCUCAAUCUCGUCAAAAUCGAUAGAAACUUCAAUCUCUGAUUGCCCAUUUUACUCUUAUAUUAUAUUAUUGGGGUUUUCGUUAAUUUCAGAAUUAGAGCUUGUAAAAUUGCUAUAAGAAAUUUUUUCGCUUAGGCUCUCUCGAUUUUUUGAAUGUAAAUGCUAUUUUUAAAUAGAAGAAACUUAAUUAAUUUUAGUAUUGA